CUGUCAGUUUUUUUUGCAGACCCGCCAAGCGGUCGCGUCGCGGUUUUUUCUUAAAUUAUUUUUUUAUAUGUAAUCAAAUAAGAAUAAAAUGUCUUCGGAGAAGAUAACGGAGCUCACGCUCGAGGAUCUCGAUGACAUAGACAUAACGUUGAUGACACUCAGGAAGCCCACUGAGUUAAAGAAAGUGAUCGACUCAGUACCGAAACCAGUGAGGGCUGUUCCCAAAAAUGGAUUGCCACUGUGGUAUAAACUUGGGCUGGAAUGUAAGUUGCCAGUGCCCAAAAUGCCAGUGGGGAAGGUUAUAUUCUCCCGCGGAAGAAUUGGCGAAGACGUACGACGUGUUGGCCUUGGCACUGGUUGUCCGCGACCCACCUUCGACCUCACGGACCCUUACUGCAACAACGUCUCGUAUGACUACGUCCCCAUGCAUGACCCGCACCUCGCUCACCACUUCGCACAGAAGCCGGCAAGAAACAGGAUGAAACAGCUGGGUUUCUGCACGAAGGAUGGUAGAGCCGUGUGCUCAUUGAAGGAGUUCAAUCAGUACAGGAAGUAUCUGUACAACCAGUUUAUGGACAGAAUUCAUAUGGAGAUGAAAAAACUGGAUGAACGAGCUAGAGAUGACUUAACCCUGAAGCGAGUGGAGACAGACGUUGCCAGAAGAUUGCAAGUCUUCACGAGAGCAGAGAAAGCGAGAGAGCACCUUGAAAAGGUGGCGCAGGAGCAUGCAGACGAAUGGGCUGAAAAACGGCGAGCUGCCAAAGCUCGUGAAAAGAAAAUCCAAGCCAGAAUCAAAUAUCUGCAAGAAUUUAACGAGAAACAAAGAAAAGAACGGGCGACGAAGGCCCGUGAGAAACAAAACAGAAUCAAGCAGAGGGUGCAAGCCGCUGCGGAGAUGGAACUACGGCGCAAGAUCACCAUGGUGCGCCAGUGGAGAACCAACGAGAAGAAACGGCUCAACAGGCUCAAGCAGGAGAGAGAAUCCAAGACGAAGCAUAAAGAGGACGAAGCAAAUCGUAAAUGGGUAUCACGUGUUGAUGCUCAAAAUAUGAAAAUACAAGAGGAAGCGCUUCUUUUGCGACUAUAUACUGAGGAUAUGACUGCUAGUGCCAAGAGGAGAGCCAAGAAAGCAGAAGUAUAUGCCUACAACACCGACUUGGAGUUGCAGCGCAUCAGACUUGCGAACUGGAAGCUGAUACACGGCGGCACCGCCAAGGCUGUCCGGCUGGUUAAGAAAAUGGGCAUGGAGUUCGAGAAGUCGAAACGUGGUGCUAAAGGCAUGUCUCCGGAGUUGGCUCAGCGCAUGGCUUCGGAAGCUAUGUCGAGCGCGAUGUCGUCACGCGGCGACACGCUCAUGAUCCUCGGGCAGGCGCGCGCGCGCAUGGAUAUGGAGACCGUGCUGCCGCUUGCGCCGCUGCGGCUGCUAGACGAGAUUCUGGAGUCGGCGGUAAUGGAGUUCGCUCGCCGGCGCGUGCACCUGCUGCUCGGCGACGUCGAGCGCGUCGUGCACAACCGAGCCGGCGCCGUGUUCUUCAGGAACAUCAGACCCGUCGCCGCGAAGAAACGCCCGAAGCCGCCGCGUUGGUCCGUCCAAGUGGCGACGGAGCUGGCGCGCCAGUUCGUGAACGCGGCGAGGAGCGCUUCCAUAAACUUCGGUGACAUCAUUAAGAUCCCCGCUGAGGAAGAGGUCGAUUUCGACUUGAAGAGUGUUAAGGACAGACCGCCCACACCUGUUCCGUCGAAAACGAAACUGGCCGAAGUGACGUUCGCGGACCGUGUGGAGGACUUACCCGACCCUGUGGCUAUGGGCGCCUUCCUUCCAGAGAGGAGGAAACUUCUUGAGAUGAUCAACGCUUCUGCGAAACUAUUAUCGAGAUCAGUGAGUCAAAAGGUCCAGAAAGGCAUGGAUCUCGACAUUGGGAAAGUAACUUUGCCGCACAUGAGACACCCCAUGGAGUGGGGCGAGGCGGUGGAGGGGCUGGCGCUGGCGGUGGUUGACAACCGCGUGCACGCCGACUGCGCCGACGUCCGCCGUACCAGCGAGUUCCUCACGUACCGCAUCCUCAAGGCGCUGCAGCGGGAGAUCAAGCACGAGAGGAAGGAUGACGCCUUAUUUCCCGAUCCUGACGAGAAGACGGAGGACUUUUACGUGCCUGGCCAGAUCCAGGCGCUCGAAGUCAGGCCUAGGCUGGCCCACAGCGAAACCGGCUCCUUGUAAAGGAUUUUGCUUGAACAUUGUCUUAUUAAUGGACUGAUAAUUCAACUGUUAUGACUAGAGACCGGAUUUUAUGCAAAACAUGCUUAGACUGCGAAAAUACCGCCAAAUGCGACUCACGGGUCAGCAUUUUUACGUGAAAACCCAAAAAAAAAUAUUUUGUUAUUUGUAAACGGCAAAACAUAGUAAAAAUAUUUUUUGUACUCAAAAAAAAAUCAAGUCUUGUCCAAGUAUGGAGUCAGAGAUUGAUAGUUAACGCAGGUGUUUAUCAAGGCGAGAUUACAAGUGAUCUAUGUUUUUGUAGCUCACUAUAAAAUGCUGCUUUUGCACAUUUUCUCUCGCACAAUUUAAUCCUGCAAGUUACAAAAAAAUAUUCAAGUUUUACACCAAUGUACCUAGUUACAACUGACUACGUAUAGUAUGACGUUGUUACGUAAAUUAUACGUUUUUUUAUGUAAUGUAAAUUAUGUCCUGGUGAGGAUAAUACUAGGUUGCUGUUUUCUGCGAAUUAUUGAAGAUGUUAUGAUAUUAUUUGUUUUUCGGACAUAUUAAAAUAAUUCGUUUAUUGGGGGAACGUAUUUAAUUUCCAUGUAAUCCGGUCUCGAUUUAUAACUAAAAUGAAAAUAAAAAAAAAACUUUUGGCGCCAAAGUAGGCAACCUUAGUUGGCUUUAACCAAAUUGAUUGCAAGUUAUCGAGAUCUCUUUUGUAUUGCUAUACAAUUUGUGAUGCCAUUUAAUUGUUCGCGUUUUUUGUUUAGUGUUGUUUGUAGUUUUGUUUUUAUUAAUUUUUGGAGUAAUUAUAAUAUGAAAUAAUA